GGCUUCAGGGAAGCGAACUGUUAGGCGAAGGAGGAGGCAGUCAGAGCCAUAUCCCCUUCUUCCCCGGGGCGGGGGCCGGGCCUGGCCCGCUGAGGAGGGGGAGGGCCGGGAGGGCGUCGGGCCGGGCCGGCCUGUCUGCGGAGAUGGAUGACAGCAAGGUGGUCGGAGGCAAAGUGAAGAAGCCUGGUAAGCGAGGGCGGAAGCCAGCCAAAAUUGACUUGAAAGCAAAACUUGAGCGAAGCCGGCAGAGUGCAAGAGAGUGCCGGGCCAGGAAAAAGCUGAGAUACCAGUACUUGGAGGAGUUGGUGUCCAGUCGGGAAAGAGCUAUAUGUGCACUCCGAGAGGAACUGGAAAUGUACAAGCAGUGGUGCAUGGCAAUGGACCAAGGGAAAAUCCCUUCUGAAAUAAGGGCCCUACUCACUGGCGAGGAGCAGAACAAGUCUCAGCAGAACUCAAGCAGGCAUCCCAAAGCUGGAAAGACAGACGCUAACACCAAUUCGUUGGUGGGGAAUUGAACCCGUGGCUUCAGACAUGCUGGGGUGAAGAUGGUAUAAAAUGCAGUCAGUGAUCAAAGGUUGGAUAAUGUCUACGGAGGACGAAUGGGCAGGACUGUGCUUCUUUGCUCUAUUUUCCGCUUACUGCUCAGUAAGCAUCUCUGUAAACCCAAAGUUUCUACCAAAAUGUGUGACGAUAUGUCACGAAGGUCCUUGUGCAACACUUAGGUUUGCCAACCUUCAGACCUGCUCGAUGUUGCUCUCCAUGCCGGGUAACAAGUCAUGAUGCCCGAGAUCGUGGGAGUGGAGGCAGUGGAUGGACGCGCACGUUUGCACCUUAGCCCUAUGGCUUUCAUGGUUAAUUCCUAUGUGUCCUGUGUAAUUGAUAGGUGUGUGUGUGUUGUUUAGUUGUCUUUUCUUUUCAUGUUUUUAGUCACCCUACACAAAGACACCAGGUCGGCUGUUUGUCCCUGUGGUUCUCGGCCUUUAUGGACCCAAUACCAACUCCUUUGUAUUUACCUGAGUGAAGUGUGGGUACCUGUGAGCCAUUCCAGCAUAAGCUGUAUGUAGUGACAGAUAUAUACACCUCCGUUUUUGUAACCCAUAGCGAUAUGCCUGGUUUAAAGAGUGUGCGUAACAAAACCAACCCAACAAGGAAGCCCUCGACAGCCUCUUGUUGCUGUUUCCUCUGACUGUAUUUAUGAAAGCUGGCUAGGGCCAAAUCCAUGCUUGGAGAAUAAUUAGCCACAUUUUAUUUUUAAGUGAAAAGUAACCUUUCAGUGGCAUUCAGUACCUUAACCUGCAGUAUGUGUGUGACAUGGUCCUGCUGUGUGUCUCCAUGCACACACAUUUGCUUGUGCACUCCACUGAGGCGUGGGAUUCCCCUGAAGAAUACAGAAUGAACGUAGCUGCUGAGACUGAGUAUCUGCCUUUCCGUGUGGAGCACAGGUCACCCUGCUGGUGACGUCAUGGCGGUUGCUGUUGACAGAAUACUCAGUUCUUCCCUGACGUGAGUGUCCUUUGAAUGUGUUCUGAGCCAGAGAGAAGCCCACUGUGUGUUUGCACCUGCUUUAGCCUGUGCCCCACUGCGGUGGGGCAUCCUGAGCUGCACCCUGCACUGCAGCCUGGGCCUGGUGGGCAUGUAGAGUGGCAUGUGGCUCUGAAUGGUUCCCAUCACAGCUGCCUUUACAUGACAUGGAGUGGUGUGGAGGGGCAGAGUCAUAGUAGGAUAGGUUCAGAGACAAGGAGCUUCUACUUCACUCGCUUCUCUCACUAGUUCAGUCAGAUGUGUUCUCUGUUGCUGCUAAUUACAAGUGUUCCUCCCUCUGCUGAAGCAGGAAUUUGACUUCAGGAAAAGAAGUAUUUGCUACAGACUGGCAGUUGAAGAGGAAGUUAUCAUAGCCAUUAGGCAUGUCCAACCUUUUGACGUUGUGACUUGAAGCCUGAGAAUUGAAUGUUUUUAGUGAGUUUACAGUUUUGUGCUGGGCCACAUUCCUAGCUACUCUGAGGCAUGGGCAGCCUGCAAGCUGUGGUUCAGACUUGCCUGGAAGGUGUCUGUGAGGUGGACAUGAGAUGGACUGUGUAGCUUGUGAUCUUGUGACAGGCAUUAGAACAGAUGCCUCCUCCCGUUAGCUGGAGAUCCCUUGAGUGCAGGCUGCAACCUCAGUCCUCCAUGGUAGGUGAGUGACCACCGACCGAGCGCUUGCACAGCUUGCUGGGUCUCUGUGUUAUAGGAAAAUGGGCAUUAGGGUAUUUAAUGUCUUCUUAGGACCAUAAAUGGAGACAAGGAUUUUUGACACAGGCCCUUCAGAAUUUAAGUGUUUUAAAUGUAGUGUUCUGACUGUAAUGGGUGUGCUCCUGCCUACUCAGUCAUAGACCUUACUUUGCAGAACAGCCCAGGACCUUAUGUUGCUUUGUUUGUUACCUUUUGUUUCUCCAGAAAAAAAAAAAAAUGUUUUCAAAGCAGACAUUCCAGGCUGAAUGUGGCUCGUCAGUGGAAUGUGUGCCUUGUGCUCAAAGGUUCUGCAGGGUGUGUGUACUUGUAGUAGCCAGGCCAUUCCCAGGCUGUAGUUAUAACUGCAGGGUCAUCCCCCGGUAGAAGAGAUGUGCUUUGGAGUGAAUGUGGCUGCACUUUGAGUUUACUCUCGGGCCUGUAUCUCUUUAGUGUUCUGGAGGUAUCAAACCAAGACAAUGGCCCUCAGCAUCUGACGGGGACAGGCUAACUGCGCUGGGUUCUAUGCUGGCCCUUCUCCCUCAUCUGUGAUCCAAUCACUGUUCUGAUCCCAACAGCUGCAGCGUCUCCUUUUCCGCUUCCAUCCAGUGGGGCUCUGCGGGCUAACCGCAGUUCUUCCCAGAGGAGAGCAAGCUGAGAGAGGACAGAGCCCAAGGCUCCAUCUAGGGCAGGAAGAGGCCACGUGCUUCCUCAGCAGAGCCCGCUCCCUUUUCUCUUUACCUCAGAAGUUAAGGAGAUUCGCUCGUUCACACCAGUCCGGCUCUGCCACUUGAGUGUCCACUCCCACACACUGGAGCAACUGGUGCAACAUGGAGCUGAUCUGGUCAGGUCAACCUCUAGGCUAUGUGAAGUUCUGAGUGUGCUUUCUGUCCUCAUCUAACAUAGUCCUGUGACGCCCAAAUCAGCCCUGAGUGCAGCAGCCCCUGCCACUGCCUGCCCUGUGCACAGCCCAGCGUCUCCAGCUGUGACGUCAUCAUCUUGGGCCGCAUGGGUCCGCUUUGGCUGGUGGUAGAGAACAGAUUUAAGCUGGGCUUCACUUUUAGUUAAAGGCGAGUAAAAUCAACAAAAACAAAUACUAUAUUUCACAGAAAUCAGCUGCAUGUUUUUACAAAUAUUAAAAUACAUAUUUUGUUUUUUAAGAGAUAAGAGAUGAUUAAACCACAUGGUAUUUGGGGGCAAAUGAAGGAUUUUUUUCCUUAGAAGAGCAUUGUACAAUUAUAUUUUUAUGGAAAAUAAAGUAUCUUCACCAAAAUCA